UAUCUCCUUUGCUGUAUCUCCUUCCCCGCUUGUGUUGACUCCAUACAAAAAGCGACCAAGCCAAACUUUGCAACUUUCCAAAGUUACAAUUGCUCUGUUUCAACAAAAAUGGGUCCCAAGCGAGUUCUCAUCACGUAUGGAGUCGACGUUGACGCCGUAGCCGGAUGGCUUGGCUCCUAUGAAGGCGAAGACUCGCCAAAUGACAUAAGCCGAGGUGCGUCGUGUCACAUCUAGGAUGAAGAGUUUACUAACGUGGAGUUAGGGUUUUGGGCGGGCACGGUUGGCACCCGGCGAUUGCUCAAGCUCUUCGACAAGUACGACAUCAAGACAACAUGGUUCAUUCCCGGCCAUUCGCUGGAGACCUUCCCCGAGGAUAUGGCUGCAGUACGCGAUGCAGGACAUGAGAUCGGCCUUCAUGGCUACUCGCAUGAGAACCCAACGGAUAUGACCAUUGAACAGCAGCGAGACGUUCUCGAUAAGACAUAUCGCAUGCUGACCGAGUUCGCUGGCAAACCACCCCGCGGGAGCGUCGCCCCUUGGUGGGAGACCAGCCAAGAAGGAGCCCAGCUACUUCUAGACUAUGGCAUUGAGUACGAUCACAGCAUGAGCCAUGAGGAUUGUCAGGCGUACUAUCUCCGGACCGGUGAUUCUUGGACAAAAAUCGAUUAUAGUCAGAAAGCCGAGACCUGGAUGAAGCCGCUUGAACACGGCACGCAAACUGGCCUGGUCGAGAUUCCUUCCAACUGGUACAUUGACGACUUGCCACCAAUGAUGUUUAUUAAGAAGGCACCCAAUAGCCAUGGCUUUGUCAAUCCACGCGACGUUGAAGAUAUUUGGCGCGACCAUUUUGAUUAUUUCUACCGCGAGUAUGAUGAGUUUAUCUUUCCGAUAUCCAUCCAUCCGGAUGUUUCUGGAAGGCCGCAUGUUCUUCUGAUGCAUGAGCGACUCAUUGAACACUUCAAGAAGCACGAAGGAGUUGAGUUUGUGACCAUGGAGCAAGUGUGUGACGAGUUCAAAAAGAAGAACCCGGUUCCACCGGGCGCCUUGAUGCCUGCUCCGGUAGGAGAAAUGCUCAAGAAAUGAAGGGGCCCGUAGCAUUAGCAUUCUUACUAGUAACUAGUUAUCUGUGCCUCUCGAAUAAUGUUAUUUUCCAUCUUAUCUUGUC